GCGAGCGGCUGUUGCCGGGGCAACUUGGUUGCCAAGGAGGCGGCGGUGCCAUGUUCAUCUACCUGAGCAAGAAGAUCGCGAUUCCCGGGAACAUUCGGCUGCGAUGCAUCUCCUGGAACAAGGACCAAGGCUUCAUAGCCUGCGGCGGAGAAGAAGGGCUGCUGAAAGUUUUAAAACUCGAAGCGCAGGCGGAUGAAGCAAAACUAAAGGGUCUUGCAGCUCCUAGCAAUCUUUCUAUGAAUCAGACCUUGGAAGGUCACAGUGGUUCUGUGCAGGUGGUGACCUGGAAUGAACAGUAUCAGAAACUAACUACCAGCGAUCAAAAUGGCCUCAUCAUUGUUUGGAUGCUGUAUAAAGGUGCUUGGUACGAAGAAAUGAUCAAUAAUAGAAAUAAGUCUGUUGUUCGAAGCAUGAGUUGGAAUGCGGAUGGACAAAAGAUCUGUAUUGUAUAUGAAGAUGGGGCUGUGAUUGUUGGUUCAGUUGAUGGUAAUCGUAUCUGGGGGAAAGACUUGAAAGGUACACAGCUGAGCCACGUAGCAUGGUCCUCUGAUAGCAAAGUUUUACUCUUUGGAAUGGCAAAUGGAGAAAUUCACAUUUAUGACAAUCAGGGGAAUUUUAUAAUGAAAAUGAAACUGAAUUGCUUGGUGAAUGUAACUGGAGCAUUUAGUAUUGCUGGAAUACAUUGGUACCAUGGUGCAGAAGGGUACAUUGAGCCGGAUUGCCCUUGCCUUGCUAUUUGUUUUGACAAUGGAAGAUGCCAGAUAAUGAGACACGAGAAUGACCAAAACCCUGUUUUGAUUGACACUGGUAUGAAUGUGGUUUGUAUCCAGUGGAAUCAUUGUGGAAGUGUGUUGGCUGUGGCAGGCUCCCAAAAAACAACUACCCAAGAGAAAGAUAUCAAUAUUGUUCAGUUCUACACUCCAUUUGGUGAGCAUUUGCGUACACUGAAGGUUCCUGGCAAACUGAUGUCAGCCCUGUCCUGGGAAGGAGGCGGAUUGAAGAUUGGAUUAGCUGUUGAUUCUUACAUAUAUUUUGCAAACAUUCGGCCAGAUUACAAGUGGGGUUACUGCUCCAAUACAGUAGUUUAUGCAUAUACUCGACCUGAUCGUCCAGAGUAUUGUGUAGUUUUUUGGGAUACGAAAAACAAUGAGAAGUACGUGAAAUAUGUCAAGAGUCUGAUUUCCAUAACUACUUGUGGAGACUUCUGCAUUUUGGCAACUAAAGCUGAUGAAAGCCAACCUCAGGAGGAGCAUGAGAUGGAGUCAGUUGGUGCAACGUAUGUGCUGGUUCUGUGCAAUUCUAUUGGUACUCCCUUGGAUCCAAAAUAUAUUGACAUUGGGCCGUUGUUCGUUACAAUGACCAAAACCCAUGUGAUAGCUGCUUCAAAAGAAGCUUUUUACAUCUGGCAAUACCGUGUGGCCAAGAAGCUCACAGCAAUGGAAAUUAAUCAGGUGGCUCGGACUAGAAAAGAAGGCAGAGAAAGGAUCUAUCACAUUGAUGACACUCCUUCAGGAGCAGCAGAUGGGGUACUUGAUUACAGCAAAGCCAUUCAUGGAACAAGGGAUCCAAUUUCAGCAAUAACAGCAUCUGAUAAGACACUCAUUGUGGGCCGUGAAUCUGGCACCAUUCAGAGAUAUAGUCUUCCAAAUGUUGGUCUAAUUCAAAAGUAUACCCUGAACUGUCGGGCAUAUCAGCUUUCUUUGAACUGCAACUCUAGUCGUCUUGCUGUUAUAGAUCUUUCGGGUGUUUUGACUUUCUUUGACUUGGACACACGGGUAACAGACAGUUCAGGACAGCAUAUUAUAGGUGAACAACUGAAGCUGGAGCGCAAAGAUGUCUGGGAUAUGAAAUGGGCCAAAGAUAAUCCAGACUUGUUUGCAAUGAUGGAAAAAACAAGAAUGUAUGUCUUCAGAAAUUUGGAUCCUGAGGAACCCAUUCAAACAUCUGGAUAUAUUUGUAACUUUGAAGACUUAGAAAUUAAAUCUGUACUUUUGGAUGAAAUACUGAAGAAUCCUGAACAUCCUAACAAAGAUUACAUAAUUAAUUUUGAGAUUCGAUCCUUACGAGACAGUCGAGCAUUGAUCGAGGAGGUUGGGAUAGAGGAGUCUUCCCAAUUCAUAGAAGAUAAUCCACAUCCCAGACUUUGGCGUCUCCUGGCUGAAGCUGCUCUUCAAAAGCUAGAUCUACCAACUGCUGAACAAGCAUUUGUGCGCUGCAAAGACUACCAAGGAAUUAAAUUUGUUAAGUGCUUAGGCAAUCUGCAGAGUGAAUCAAUGAAGCAAGCUGAAGUGGCAGCCUACUUUGGCAGAUUUGAAGAGGCUGAAAGAAUGUAUUUGGAUAUGGACAGAAGAGACCUUGCUAUUGGAUUACGGAUCAAACUGGGAGAUUGGUUUCGAGUACUGCAGCUUUUGAAAACAGGUUCAGGUGAUGCAGAUGAUGCCCUUCUGGAACAAGCACACAAUGCUAUCGGAGACUAUUUUGCAGAUAGGCAAAAAUGGAUAAAUGCUGUUCAGUAUUAUGUACAAGGAAGAAACCAGGAACGUUUAGCUGAAUGUUACUACAUGUUAGAAGAUUACCAAGGACUAGAAAAUCUGGCUAACUCACUUCCAGAAAAUAACAAGUUACUUCCUGAUAUAGCUCAUAUGUUUGUGAGAGUGGGGAUGUGUGACCAAGCUGUGUGCGCCUUUCUGAAAUGUAAUCGCCCAAAAGAUGCAGUAGAUACCUGUGUCCAUCUCAAUCAGUGGAAUAAAGCUGUUGAGCUGGCUAAAAAUCACAAUAUGAAAGAGAUUGGAUCACUUCUCGCUAGAUAUGCAUCUCAUUUACUGGAAAAGAAUAAAAUCCUUGAUGCCAUAGAACUCUAUCGUAAGGCCAAUUAUUUUUUCGAUGCUGCCAAGCUCAUGUUCAAGAUUGCAGAUGAAGAAGCAAAGAAAAGGACUAAACCUUUGCGAGUUAAAAAGCUUUAUGUAUUAGCAGCUUUACUUGUAGAACAAUACCAUGAACAAGUGAAGAAUGUACAAAGGGGAAAAGUGAAAGGAAAGAGUUCAGAGGCUACAUCAGCUUUAGCUGGAUUGCUGGAGGAAGAUGUUCUCUCUUCAGCUAAUCGCUUCACAGAUAAUGCCUGGAGGGGAGCUGAGGCUUAUCAUUUUUUCCUACUUGCACAAAGACAGCUUUAUGAAGGUUAUGUAGAUACAGCAAUGAAAACAGCUCUUCACCUGCGAGAUUAUGAAGACAUUAUUCCUGCAGUUGAAAUCUAUUCCCUUCUGGCUCUGUGUGCAUGUGGCAAUAGAGCAUUUGGUAUUUGUUCAAAAGCCUUUGUUAAACUCGAGUCCUUAGAAACCCUUAGCCCUGAACAGAAGCAGCAAUAUGAAGAUCUUGCCCUGGAAAUAUUCACUAAGCACUGUCCUAAGUAUAGCAAAAAAUUGGAUCUGGAUGGCCUUCUGGAGAGUAGUGGAGAAGGAAAACUUCCAACAUGUGUUGCAACAGGAAGACCUAUCACAGAGUAUCAGUUCUGGAUGUGCAACAUGUGCAAGCAUUAUGUACAGGCCCAAGAAAUAAGCAAUUAUAACUUUUGUCCUCUGUGCCAUAGCUCAGUAGCUUAGUAAGAAAAACAAAGGUAUAUGUAUGUUUGUUAUGUCUCAGACUCUGAUAAACAUAAGAGCAUACUUUGAAAUGUAAUGAUUCUGUUGUUGCUUGUUUAAUGUACUGUUACAGGAUACUACUGUUAUUAGCAGAGAAAAAUCUCGAAAAAAGUGCAAGAGAACAAAUCAGGUGCAAUCUGUCAUAAGAAAAAGAUUUGUUAAGUGACAUUUGUAUGAAGUGGUUGAGGCUAAGAGCCUUUUUUUUUAUUGUAAACUGGACCUAAAUUUACAGAUAUUCAACAUCCACUAUUCUCAGGCUGUUUACAGAGUCAUCAAUGUAGUACUAAGCAGCAGUAGUUAUAUUUGGGAAAAAUUAAUAUAGGUGAACCCUUGAAGAAAAAAAAUUGAAAUGAGUCCGUUGAGGGAGACACACUAAUUAUGCAGAUUUUGUUCCUCUAAUUGAAUGGUGGGGCCUAUUCAAAUAUCAGCCGUAAGCUUACAGCCCAGCUCUAGCUGACCGAAUAUUAGUUAGUAACCAAGAAACCACAGACUCAGGUGAACAAUUCAACAACUAGACUAUUUUAUAAUCCAAGAGAGGAAAUACAAAACAAGAGGUAAGUAGCAUAAAGAACAGUUACAAGAUUAUACAGCACUACAUACACAAACUAGAGAUCAAAGUAAAGCUCUUCUCAGACUUGCAACAGCCUUGCUAGUGGUCACAAGCAUGGAACAGCUUAAUAUUCUCAUCUAGGCCACAACACAAAACACAUGCACAGCCCUUAGCAGCUUACAUACACAAUACAGCAGCAGUUCCAAGUGAUCACAAUAUACCCAGAGAGGACUGGAGGAAAGAGGGGAUAUUGGCCCUCACCAGCUGCUGCAGCUCUCACCCACUCUCAUCACACCCGCCUCUCACUCUCUCACAGUCAGCCCUAUUUCAUCCUUUUGAUCACUCCACUUCUGUCAAUCUUCCAUUCACCCAGUCACUCAGACAGGAAGGGUGUCAGUCACAUGCCAGUCGCUCCACUGACCAAUCUGGGGGUCAGUUAUCUCAGGUAGGUACUUGGUACCAUUUUCCCGCCACAAGUUGCGUAGGGCUGACUGUGCAUGCCCAUAUAGUCACAAGCUGGUCGCUGAGCCUUCGGGGUCAUAAGUUCAACACUCAAUGCAAGAGUUCUGCAACUCUUUGUCCAACAAAGUCCAGUGUUAAACAGCACCCGCUGCAACCCUCAUCAUUGUUUGUGGUAUUUUUCUACUAUAAUGAACAUACUAAUAGAUGUACUUAAAGCAGAUAAUUGAUGCUGUAUUCUUUUGUUGAAUAUAUUUACAAGUGCAGCACAAAG